CCGCUUUCUGCCCCUUCAAGAAACUUUAAUCCCUCAUUUUCCCAUCCCGUUCGGCACUUCUCCUACACACGUUCUCGACUCUCUAGUGAAUCCCUAAGCAAUCACACGACAAUGGGCUCUCUUGGACCUUACCAGCGCAAGCACAGGGUUGCUGUGAUCGGCUCAGGAAACUGGUAUGUACACCUACAUGUGUUCUCCUUUUGACAAGAGUAGGUAGGUGUGAAUGGGUGCUAACAAGGCAAAAGGGGUACCGCUAUCGCCAAAAUCGUUGCCGAAAACGCUGCCAGCAACCCUGCCAUCUUUGAGAAAGAUGUUCAGAUGUGGGUCUUUGAGGAGAAGGUCGAAAUCGCCAAGGACUCACGCCACUACAACGCCUCCUCUCCAUUGUGCCAAGGGCCACAGAACCUGACGGAUAUCAUCAACACCGUUCACGAGAACGUGAAAUACCUUCCUGGAAUCACUCUUCCGGAGAACCUGCACGCUAACCCAUCUGUGGUGGAUGCUGUCAAGGACAGCACGAUCCUUGUCUUCAACCUCCCUCAUCAAUUUAUCAUCAAGACUUGCGAACAAAUUAAGGGGAAGAUCGUGCCGUACGCACGGGGUAUUUCCUGCAUCAAGGGCGUGGAUGUGAACGAAGAAGGCAUCAGUCUUUUCUCAGAAACAAUUGGCAAAAUUCUGGGGAUCUAUUGCGGUGCGCUUUCGGGUGCCAACAUCGCCAGUGAAGUCGCGCAAGAGAAAUGGUCCGAGUCGAGUAUUGCCUACGACCCCCCACACCUGGAUUCUAAGGCUCCUUCGCCCAACCGCUCUCCCUCCGCAUCUUCUGAGAACCUUGUUCACUUCGAACACAAGGAUGUAUCAGGCCAGCUCUCUCAGGUGAAGCUGCAGGCCCUGCCGUCCGAGUUCCCCCCAGUUGAUCAUGCUGUUCUCAAAUCCCUGUUCCAUCGUCCUUAUUUCCAUAUUCGUGUGGUGAAUGACGUUGCUGGAGUCUCCCUUGGUGGUGCUUUGAAGAACGUCGUCGCGGUUGCUGCCGGCUGGGUAGUCGGCAUGGGAUGGGGCGACAACGCCAAGGCUGCUAUCAUGCGGGUUGGACUUCUUGAGAUGGUCAAAUUCGGAGAGAAGUUCUUUGGCGCGACCAUCGAGACCCGAACUUUCACUGAGGAGAGUGCAGGCGUCGCCGAUCUGAUUACCAGCUGCAGUGGUGGCCGUAACUUCCGUUGCGCAAAGCUCAGUGUGGAAAGGAAGCAAUCAAUUGAAGAAGUCGAAGAGACUGAGCUGAACGGCCAGAAGCUCCAGGGCACCUUGACUGCAAUUGAAGUCAACAACUUCCUGAAGAAGCAGGGCAUGGAGGAUGAAUUCCCCCUUUUGACUGCUGUUUACCGUGUUCUCACGGGAGCUAUGUCGGUGGAAGACAUUCCAUCAUUCAUCGAGCGGUAAAUGAGACCUGAUGACAUUUCCCUUUGGCUAUGAUUUUGUUGUUAAUUCACUGGGACUUGUUUCUUUCAAUUAUAUAACAGAAAGCCGAUUACUCCAACAUACACGGAUACGAGCGAAGCGACGAGCGUUGGCGC